AUGCAAGGAGUUCGGGAGGAAAGAUUCAUUCUGGGAAGCGGUGAAGGUGGACUGUGGAAGCAAGAACGGACUGGAAUUGCCUCCAAAGACAAAGCAAAAGUGGAGACAGGAGGAUGUCACCCCCCUCUCGGCCAAUGGGAGGCCUUCCUUCCUGCUCCUGGAUGUGAAGCUGCUUCCUCUCUGGAGGAUUCCUUCUGGAAGCUUCUCCUGCAGGAAAGGAAGGAGGAAUUCUUCCUGACCAAUCCACCUUUUUGUGUCACAGGCUCCCCGUAUUAUGACAACGUCAGACCGCUUUCAUAUCCAGACUCCGACGCCGUCAUCAUAUGCUUUGACAUCAGCAGACCAGAGACCCUGGACAGUGUCCUAAAGAAGUGGAAAGGGGAGAUCCAGGAAUUCUGUCCCAACACAAAGAUGCUGCUCGUCGGAUGCAAGUCAGACCUUAGAACGGACCUCACAACUUUGGUGGAGCUGUCUAAUCACAGACAGACACCGGUGUCAUAUGAUCAGGGUUCAGCUAUGGCUAAGCAGAUAUCUGCACCUUAUAUCGAAUGCUCCGCAGUGCAGUCAGAAAACAGCGUGCGGGACAUUUUCCAUGUCGCAACAUUGGCUUGCGUAAAUAAGAACAACAAAAACAUCAAGCGCAACAAAUCGGCACGCUCCACCAAACGCAUCUCGCAUAUGCCCAGUCGACCAGACCUAGCUGCCGUGGCAACAGACCUACGCAAAGACAAAGCAAAGAGUUGCACGGUAAUGUAAUGCAAGGAGUUCGGGAGGAAAGAUUCAUUCUGGGAAGCGGUGAAGGUGGACUGUGGAAGCAAGAACGGACUGGAAUUGCCUCCAAAGACAAAGCAAAAGUGGAGAGUGGGAGUGUUUGCUCGAUGUUUGAGGGAUGCACUUCUUGUUGCCAGAACUCGACAAGCAUAUGGACGUAAACCCAUAUUAAGGCCCCAACCACCUCUCCUAAACUUAUCCACUCAGCAGGAGGAUGUCACCCCCCUCUCGGCCAAUGGGAGGCCUUCCUUCCUGCUCCUGGAUGUGAAGCUGCUUCCUCUCUGGAGGAUUCCUUCUGGAAGCUUCUCCUGCAGGAAAGGAAGGAGGAAGUAGAAUCACAUAACCAUUGAGUCCAGAGUUCCGCUGAGCUUUGCCUCACAGCUAUUUUUAAAAGAUGCACGUUAUGGUUGGUAUUAACAGUCAUAUGACGGAACAGUGAAGGGGAAGAUGACUUCCAAAAUGGCGGAAUUUUUGGAUAAGGACAACUCUCGUU